AUGCUGAUUGCUAUUUUUUCAUAAGGAGUUAAAUCUCAUACGAAAUGCAAAUUAUAUCCGCACUCCCCAAAAGAUUGUAUUUAAAAAACUUAGAAUAUUGGAUGUAAUAUAAAGGUUUUAGAUUAGGUACAUACGAUUCUUUUUAUAACAAAUGUGAAGAGACAUAAGAUACAAAUUCUGGAUGUUCUCCUUUAUUAAAUAGAGAGGCAUGUUUAAUUUAAUUGACAGAUGAUCAGAAUAACAAAGUUUAAUGUAAAUAUUAUUCUUAUGUGAAAUUAGGCAUUUUUUAAGAUAGGUGUAUGACAGCGAACAAAAACUAAUAGGAAUAAUACGGAUGUUCAGAAAUGUUCAAUAAAUAUGCUUGUUUAACAGUUGAGAAAUAGUUUUGUAUUUGGGAAGACAAUAGAUGUAAAAAAUAAAUAGAGAAAAUAUAAAAUAAUUCUAGAUUAUGUAAUAUAUUUUCAACACCAGUGACUCCAUAUACAUGCUCUUCUUUACCAAAUGGCUAAUGUAAGAAUUGCUGAAUAAAGAUAGGUAUGAGUAGUGGAUUUGAGGGAAAUUUCUAAUGUAUUGAACUCAAUUAUCAUUAGUUGUCGUAUUUUUCUUGUAAUGAAUUAGGAUUAAAUGAGGAGAGUUGUUUAACGAUAAAUAAAGAGAAUUAAUAUUGUAUAAUAUUUAAAUAUGAAUUUAGGUACUUUUGAAGAUAAUAAAUGUAUAGAAAUACAAUUAAUGGAUAUAAGAUCUUGUGAUCAAAAAUUGAGUCAAUUUGCAUGUUUGUAAAUAAUAAAUAAAGAUCUAUAAUGUGAAUGGGUAGGUUAAAAAUGUAGAAAGUAUCAAAGAAAUAAUAAUGAUGAUGAUGAGGAUUGUGAAACAUAGAAUUAGGUAAAUGUAUCUGUUUGUUAAAUAUCUACAGGAUUAUGUUAUUAUGAUAAAAUAUAACACAAAUGUUUAAAUAUUGAUACUAAUAAUAUGAAUAUGAUAAAAUGUGAUACUCCAGGAUUAUCAAAAUUGGCUUGUUUAUCUAUUAAGAAUUAGAAGUGUUCUUUUGUUAAAUAGAAAUGUUAAGAAUUAUCUGAAGAAGAUCUUAAUUUAUAUUAAUGUCAUAUGGAAUUGAAUUAAUUAGCAUGCGUGAAUAUAAAGACUCAUUUUUAGUAUUGUUUUUGGAAUGGAGAUAAUUGUGAAAGAAGAGUAAUAAAUUAAGAUUUUGAUUGUCCUUUAAAAUUAGAUAAUAAUAACAUAAGAGUGAAUGGCAAUGUUUGUUAGGGAAUAUCAAAAGAUAAGGUAAAAUGUAAAUAUAAUGAAUAAACGAAUUUAUGUGUAGAGAGUAUAGAUACUGAUGGAUGUAAUGCUCCAUUUAUAAAUAAAAAUGGAUGUCUUAAUAUAAUAGCUAAUGAAGAGACAUGUUAAUGGACAACUUAAGGUUGUAAAUAUGUUUACGUUAUAUUAUAUGAGACUACAUGUGCUAGUUUAGGAAGUGCAAAUCCAAUUGCAUGUUCUUAAGUUCUUGAAAAAGAUGAAAAAGUAGGUUGUUAUUUUGAUGAAAUAUAAUAAUAAUGUGUUACAUUAACAGUUGAAAUAGCUUAAAAUGCAACUAAAAAAGAGAUUUUAUAACAUUAAAAGGAUUUGGAACUUUUACAAAACAUAAAUUGUAAAUAAAGAAAAUAAGGUUUAAAUCGAAUAGCUUGUUCUUGCAUUACAACUAGAAAGGUUGCUUGUAGAUGGAACAGAGAUUAAUGUGUUUAAAUAAACAAUAGGAAAGAAAUUUAAACUAUUGAAUGUUUACAUUUAAAAUAUGCUAAUUAUAAAGCAUGUUCUUAUGUCUAAUAUGGAGGCGAGAUCUGUAGAUAUAAUAAAAAAAUCUAUGGAUGUAUCAAUUCUUUUGUUAAGAAUAUGGGGUGUGAUGAAUUAGGAUUAAAUUCAUUUGGAUGUUAAUAAGCUUAAGGGGAUUGUUAAUUUAUCAAUGAUUAAUGUUAAAAAUCUUAGGAUUUUAUAUAAGAUGAGGAUUAUUAGAUAGAUGAUACUGAUUUAUUUAAUCCUUCACUUCCACCAACAGAUAUUCCUUUAACUUGUGUAUCUACAUCUCCAUCUAAAUCUGUUUGUGUAUCUCUAUCUUCAAUAUAAUUAUUGUGUUCAUGGAAUAAAUCAAAAACUGCAUGUGAAAGUGUAGAAAUUAAAUAAAAUUAAAAAUGUCUUGAUUUUAAUGGAAUUGAUAUCUCUGUUAAUUCAAAUGUUUGUGCAUCUAUUCUUAAUGAUUUCCCUGAUUAUGACUUUUUAAAAGGAAUUUAAUUUGAAAGAAAUAGAGGAUAUUGUUAUUAUAAUAGACUUACAUUUUAAUGUUUAAUUAAAAAAGAAUUAUGUAACACUAAAUGUUGUACUGAAACUGAAAAUAUUGGAAUGAAUGCUCAUGCAUGUAGUAAAUUCUCAAGUAAUGAACCAGGAGAUUAUUGUUUCUUUAUGAAUUUAAGAUGUCAAGAAUUAACGGAUGAUAUUGUUGAUUUAUCUAAUAGAGAACAAAUUAAAUAAUUUUAUGAUGAAAAUUAAUUACCAUGUUCUUCAAUGAAUAAGAAUUCUUGUGAUAUGAUAGGUUGGUCAAUUGAUUAACUUUGCUAUCACAAUGGAAUAGCUUGUCUUAAUAUCAAUUACUCAUAUUAUAAAGAUUAUCGUAUUUUUAUUAAGGAACCUUCAGUCUUAAAUGAAAAUGCUUGUUUUGCUAUUGAUGGUAUUCUAACUGAAUAGAAUACUCUCAAAUAUAUUGGUUAUGAUUAUGAAAACAGGAGAUGCAAAGAAAUUAUAUACAAUGAUAAUGAGUUUCCAUAUGCUUCUUGUGAAGAUGUUAAAGGAAAUAGAAAUGUUUGUUAAAGGUACACAGGUAAUAAUUAUUGUAAAUGGGACCAAUCAUAAUUAAAAUGUGUUACUAUACCUUUUGAUGAAAUUGAUGAAAUAAUAACAUGUGAUUUUGAACUUAAUAUUAAAGCUUGUACUGAUAUUAAAAAGAGUAGCUGUCUUUUUUCUUUUAGUUUAGAUCGUUGUAUAAAUGUUAAUGACUUUAAUGUAGAUUGCAAUCAUUUUGAUUCUUUAGGCAAGGUAAGUUGGUAAGUAUGUUUAUAAAUUGAUAAAUCAGAUUAAUAAUGUGAAUUUCGAGAUUAUUCUUGUGUAAUUUCAACUAAAGAAUCAGAUGCUUGUGAUGGUUCAUUAGCUAACAACAGAUCUUGUUUUAAAAAUACUAAAGGACUUUGUAGAUGGGAUCCUAAUAGUUUUUAAUGCUAUGUUAAUUACACUGAUAUAUCAUAAUUAAAAUGUACAGAUAGUAUUAAUAGAGAAUUAUGUAAAAAAUUAACUCAUUAAGCAUGCAUUUGGAAUGAUCAAUCAAAUGAAUGUUAAGAGUUUAAUACAAUGAUUUCAAGUGAAUUUGAUCUUUUAAGUUAAACAGGAGAUCACAAAUUUAAUCAAUUAGCAUGUUUAAUUAUUACAGGAGAUGCUUAUUAUUAUGAUACUACUCUAGAGAAAUGUGUUAAACUUAUUAGUAAAACUGCAAAUUGUAAUGAUUUUUAAAUGAAUAAAUAUGCUUGUUUAUAUCAUACAAGAACUCAUCAUUGUUUUUAUGAUGAAUAAGAAAUUAUACCAAAUAAUAAAUGUAAAACAUUUAUUGAAGGCUAAUCAAUAUGUGAGACUUAAUGGUUAAUAAAUAUUGAAGUUUGCAUGGAUAUUUAUUCACCUUGUAUAUUUGAUCUAAAUACUCUCUUAUGUAAAACAUUUCCUUUUGAACUUACAAUGACUUGCACAGAUUUAUAAAAUAUUUCUAUAAAUUAACAACAUCCUAAUAAAAGAGUUUGUACAUCAGUUUCAGAAACUUUAGAACAGACUUCAGGAGAAUUACAAUGUUUUGAAGAUAAACUUAAUCAACAGUAAUGUAAAUUUGAAAAAUAUUGUUUCUGGACAAAUUAUUCUUGUUAAAUAUUCAAACUUGUUUAUGAUUAUUCAUAAUCAGCCAGUGGACAAUAAUAAACUCUUAAAGAAUGUCCAGAUUUCUAAGAAAUAGAUACAUGCUCUAAUGAUAUUGUUUAGAAUAAAGACUUAGCAUAUCGUAAAGAUAGAUUAUCAAAAACUGAAAGUAGUUGGUAAGAAUUUAAUGCUACUUGUAUGUAACAUAUUGUAAAAUUUUAAAGAGAACAUAAUUAUUAUUAGAAUUCUGAUAAUUUAAAAGUAUGUCAAAUAAAAGAUUGUUCAAUAAUUGAAGAGUAUUUUUGUCAAUCUGAAAUAGCAAUUUAAGAAAUUAUUGAAACCAUAACUCCAAUUUUUGAACUCAAUUUACAAGAGACUGAUGCUUCUUCAUAUAAUAUUAAGGUGCUUUCUGAUGGUGAUGAAGAUACAUGUUAGAAUUUAGAUUGUAGCUAAAGGUCUGAUUAUGAUUGUAAAGUUGCCAAAACAUAAUGUGAAUAAAAUAAUUAAUGUUAGAUGGAAUUAACAUUUCCAUAUGGCUAAGCAUUUUAAGGCAAUUGUAUACCAUAAAAGAAUUACAUACUUAGUCAUUGGUGUUCAUUAAGGGAAAAUAAAGUUUUUAUUUGUAGUAAUACUUUUGCAAAAGCUUUAUGUUUAGAAUUAAGUUAAAAUUGUUAUUUUGAUUUAGAUUAAGGAGGUUGCAAGUAAAUAUAAGGCAACGAACAUAACAUUUUUGAAUGUGGUUAAAUCGCAAAUAAUUGUUAUGCUAGUUCAAGUUAAAAAGCAAUUUGUUAAAAUGGAUCUGAUAGUAUUAAACCAGGAAAUAAAUGUAAAACUGUUUAAAAAUAAUAUAAGACUUGUGUACCUCUUACUACAUAUAAUUCAUCAUUUUCAUGUGAAAGCAUAUUAAGUAGUGAUCUUUAACCUGUUUUAUGUGCUAAGGCUAAUAAUGAUUGUAGAUAUGAUGGUACUAAAUGUAUAAAUACAAAGCCAACAUAAGAUUCAAAUGGAAAAUACCUUUGUGAUAAAAGUUUUAGUAAAUCUUUAUGUGAAAAAUGUGGAUGUAAUUAUACAUAUUUAGGAUACUGUUAAUAAACUAAAUAAGUCCCUUAAUUAAAUGAAGAUGGGUCUAAUAAAUGGAUUCUAUGUGUUUAAGUUAAUGUAUUAGAAACUACAUUUAAAGAAGAGAUAUGUGGAAAUGUUGAUUAAGCUUGUGCUUUUGUUAAUGAUAGCUGUUAGGAUGCUACUCAUUAUUCAUGUAAUGAUUUAUUACUAUAUACGGUUUCAUUAAAAGCAUGUUAAAGAUGUCAAGAUUAUCCUACCAAGUAUAUUGAUAAUCAAAGAAAAUGUUACAAAAUUACUGAUACAAUUUAAUCUAGCUGCAAUAAUCUAAACAAAUAUGCUUGUCUUAGAAAUACAAAAGGAGUCUUAUGUAAAUGGGAGAAUUUUCAUUGUUAAGAAUUAUAGAUAUAAAAUAAUAGUAAAAUUGAUUGCACUAUUCUAAAUGUUGAUGCUUGUUAUACUAAAUAAAUGAAUAUUUGUUGGAUAGACCCUGUAAGUUCUUUAUGUAUUCAAUUUGAUCCUUAUAAGGGACAAUGUGAUUAAUUAAAAACUGAAUCUCUCUGUUUAAGAUCUAUGGUUACAAAUUGUAAAUGGGCUUCAUUUAAAUGCAGUCAAGAUAAUACUAGUAUAAUUUCUAUCAAUACAUGUAAUAAUUUAAAUUAAUAUUUAUGUUUGUAUUCAAAUAAUAUUGCAUGUGGAUGGUCAGAUAUUUAUGAAAAGUGUUACAAUUUAGAAUUUUAAUAGAAUCCUUCUUCUUGUAAUAAUUUUCUAACAAAUGGUUAACAAUCUUUUAUAAAUCGCUUUAAUUCAUACACCUGUACCUAAAUCUAAGCUUAAUAAGGUUGUAUACAUGAUAUAUAAAAUAUAUGUAGAGAAAUCAUUCCUACUGAUAACAUUUCUUGUUAAGUAUCCUCUAUGUUAAACAUAAAUGAAUAUGCAUGUGCAAAAUUAGCAAAAGGGAAAUGCAAAUUUAUAAAUAGUAAAUGUGAAAAAACUGAAGAAUCUAAAUUAGGAUGCUUAUCCUAUUUAAAUUAAGAAGCUUGUCUUUAUUAAGAUGCUGCUUGCAAAUUUGAUAUAUUUUGUUAACCAUAUAUCAUUAAAUCCUUAGAAAAUAUAAGAACCUUAUUUCCUUAUACUUAAGGUGUAUGUAAACCUGUUGAAUUAACUAUUAAAUCCACAGACGGAAACUUAGAUAUUGGAAUUGCCUUAAUUUAUAGUGUUGCAUAAUAGAAAUGUUUAGAUAUUACCUUUAAGAAUCUUAAAAUAAAUGAUUGCACUUAUGUUGGAAUGAAUAAGUACUCAUGUCUAUUGAAAACAUCUCAAUAUUGUGAAUUCAUCAAUGGUUCAUGUAGAAAGAUGGAAUUAAAGGAAAUCUAAGUAUUAAAAACCUGUAAACCUACUUUAAAUCAAUAUUCAUGUGUUAGAUUAAAUGUUGCAUGUAAAUUUAUGUUGGGUUAAUGUAUUCCACUUGAUGAUAAUGAUAAUUGCAUCUACUUAUCUUAAAAUAAAUCUAUAGUUAAUUAUAGAGCAUGUUUAAGAGACCGAGAUACUCCAUGUAUGUUUAAUUAUAGUACUCAAAAUUGCGAAGUUAUUACCACACCUUAAAAAUGUCCAGGUCUUAAUUAUAAGGGAUGCUUAUUCAUUACUUAAGGAUAUAAUUGUGAAUUCAAAAAUUCAAAAUGUAUUACAUCUUUUGGUAAUCUUCAAUGUACUGAUGAUAUUAAUGAAGAUAAGUGUUUAUCAUUAAUCACCAAAGGACAAUAUUGUUAUUUUGAUAAAAAAAUUGGAUGUAGAAAUAUUGAUACUACUAAGGUUGAUCUAUCUAUAUGUUAUAAAGAUGAAUUAUAAACUAAUCCUUUUACUUGCUCAAGAAGUACUGAUGUUCCAUGCUUUUUUGAUAAAUAAAAUAAAAAAUGUAUUCCUUAUACUGAAAAAACUUAAUCCAGUUAUUAAUAAAAUUAUGUCUUAUCAAAUAUAUAUUCAUUUAAUUAAAUGACAUGUGAAAUAUUUAACGAUUUAAAAGCUCUCAUGUGGUAAGAAACCUGUUAAGUAGUUAAAUCCUCUUAAUUGGUCUACCUUAAAUGCAGUGCUUCUUUAAAUAAAAUUGCAUGUUUAAGUAUAAAGACUCCUUUUUAGUUUUGUUAAUAUUAAAAUAAUAGAUGUGUCAAUGCUAAUUUAGAAGAAUUUAAAUAUCAAAAAUGUGAUUAAAUUAAAGAUAUUAAUUCAGGAGCAUUUUGUUCUUUAAAUGCUUUAACUCCUCCAUGUUAAUAUAAUAAAUCAUUAUUUAAAUGUGAACUAAUUGAAACUUAAAUUAUAAGUUGUGUUGAAAAAGAUCCUGAAGAAAAAGGAUUAAAUAAAACAGGUUGUGAAAUUGAUAAAACUAAUUGUAUUUUUGAUGAAAAUUGUUACAGAUUGAAUCACACCGGAUAUUAAUUUUGUAAAGAUAUCAAAAAUGAUAGUAAAUUUCAAUGCAAAUAAGUUACAAAUGAAGGAUGCUUAAUUGAAUCUAAUUAAUGCAAAAAAAUCUAUUAUUAAUCUUACAGCAUCAUUAAAUGUGAAUAAGCUGUGAAUAGGCAUGGUUGUGUUAACAUUCAAACAUAAAAUCAAUAUUGUUAAUUUGAUGGAGAACAAUGCAAGCCAUAAGUAGUAAAAUAAUUUAGUGAAAUGAGCUGUUUAAGCAUAGUGAAUAUUAAUCACUAUUAAUUCUGUGAAUAGGCAAUGGACAUUCCCUGUACUUUUGAUUUAAAGAAUAAUGCUUGCAGGAAUGUAUAUCCUUAGGAAGAGUUCUCUUGUGAAAGAGGAUUAAAUAAGAUUGCUUGUUUAACUCAGACAUCAAAAAGUUUAUUAUGUUCUUUCCUUGAUUAUUGUUAUGGUCCUAAUAAUGGAAUCUUGAAUUGUACUUUUAAAGAUGCUGAAAGGUGUUGCAGAGAAGCAGAUUAAAAAGAUACAUGUCUUAAUCAAAAGAUUUAUGAAUGUGAAUGGACAGUUGAUGGAUGUUAAAGUUUAUAAAAUAGAAUAACAGAAUGUGAUAAAAUAAUAAAUGCUAGCUUUUUGGUUUGUGCUUCAAUAAAAAACACUCUAUGUGUAUACAUAUCUAGUGAAUAUAAAUGUUAAACUCAGUAACCAACUACAUGUGGUUAUUCUUAAUCAAGUUAAUAAUGUAAAAGAAUGAAGUCUGUUUCAUGUAUAUGGGAUAUGAAAGAAGAUAAAUGUCAGUAUUCAGAAGAAUCAGCUUAUUUAGGUUGUUAAUUUGUAACAGAAUCUUCUGGAAAUCAAAGAUCUUGUAUGAAUGUUGAAGUACACAAUUAAAUGUGUAUUUACAAAGAUGAAGAAUGUCUUCUAUUUAUUUAGUAAGAAAAUGUAAAUAAUUGUUUAGAUACAAUAAACAAAAAUGCUUGCUUAUAACAAACUAUAAGUGAUUGUUUAUGGAAUGAGCAAGUAUAUAGAGUUAAGAAAUAUUUCUAUUAAGAUGAAGAAGAUGUUGUAUAGGGUCAUUGUAUACCUAUUACUAAUAUAGAUUAAAUUUAAUGUUCAAAGAACAUUAGUUAUACAGCAUGUUUAAAAGUAAGAAAACCUGGAUAACAUUGUAUAUGGAAAGAUUUUUAAUGUUAAUCAAUCACUGAUAAUCUUCCUAAUUAACUUGCCUAAAUUAACUAAAAUGCAUGCAGUUUAGUUAGUAAUGGAAAUAAGGUUAGAUAUGAAUAAUCUAUUAAUGGAUGUGUAAUAAUUGAAAAUAUAAAUGAAUUGACUUGUAAACCUGAAAUUCUGGGAAUAAAUAAAGAAGCAUGUCUAGCUAUUAAAAAUUAACCAUGUUCUUGGAAUACUAUUUAAAAGAAAUGCUAUUAUAUAGAUAUUUUUAAUACUAAUGAUCAUUGUGAAAGAUCUUAUUGGACUUCAAUUUCUUGUACUAAAAUUGAUAUAAAUUAACCAUGUGGAUAUUCUAAUUAGGGAUGUCAAUUAGUUGAUAUUAAUACUAUUAAUUGUACACAUCCUGGUUUAAAUAAAUAUGCUUGUUUAAAUAUUUCUAAUUUUCCUUGUAUUUGGAAGAUUAAUAAUCAAACUAAUAAUUAUUAUUGUGAUGAUUAUUUCCCUGUUACUUCAUGUUUAUUGGUACCUAAGGAUGUUAAUCCGAAAGUAUGUUAAUUAGUUUAUCAAGAUGCUUGCUAUUUCGAUAUUAAAAAUAAAAAAUGUGAUAUUCCAAAUCUUACUGAAGCUACUUGCGAUACAAUGAGUUUAAAUAUUUUUGGUUGCAUUUAAAUUGAUGAAUGUGUAUUUACAGGAUUUUGUCAAAAAGUAUAAAAUCAACAUUAUGAUUGUAAUUAAUAUCCUAUUGCUAAUUAUAAAGUUUGCUAAAAUGCUUAGGAUUCUUGCAAAUUCAAUGAACUAACAUUUGGUUGUUCUUAAGCUACAGAAGAAUUAUGUGAAAUUAAAGGAUUAAGUUAAUCAGGUUGUUAACAAUAAAUAAAUUGUUAUUUCAAAUAUAAUUAAUGUCUAUGCUCAAAUGUUAUAGAUUAAAAUUGUAAUUAAAUUGAAAAUCAUAAAAUAUGUAAUUCUUUUGAUCAUUGUAUUGUAAAAUAAAAUAAUUAAUGUGAUUGGAAAUAAUGCGAAGAUCUUCCUUACGAUAAUUGUAAUGGUUUUUAAUUCAAUCAUUCAUAUUGUUAUUUAAAUAAUGUAGAAUAAUGUAAAUCUGCUAAAUCUUGUUAAGAUAUUAAAUAACCAUUAUAUAGCUGUCCAACUAUUAAUCUUUAACCUUGUAUCUUAAAUUCCAAUCUAAAUUAAUGUGAUUCACUAAAUUGUGAAUUACUUGAUGAAGAAAACUGUUCAAAAUAUGUUUAAUAUUGUAAAUUUGAAAAAUCCUGUAAAUUUCUUUAAUGUAUAGAUAUGAAAUAAUCGACAUGUUCAAGUAAAAACUGUUUUUGGAAUACGAAAGAAAAUAUUUGUGAAGAAUAGAUCGAAUGUUCUAAAAUAUAAGAUUAAGAUUUGUGCUAGUAAAUGUACUAUUAAAAUAAUAAAUGUUAUUGGACUUAAUUUAAUGAACAUUCUAUUUGUACUGAUGUACCAUGUAGAUAUUUAUCAACUCAACCAGUAUGUUCAGGGGUUUUAUAUGAUAAUUAUAUUUGUGUUCAAAUAUCUGAUGAAACUUGUGUAUCAUGCGAAGAAAUAUCUAGCCUUUGCAUUUGUCUAACAUAUGAUAAUUUUUGCAAAUAUAAUUAUGAUAAAAUGAAAUGCGAAUCCUAAAUUUGUCAUAAUUUUGGACAGGAAAAAGACUGUAUUUCAAAAAACUACUGUAGAUUUAUAAAAGAUGUAUAUUUUUUUUUUUAUUUAGUGCUUUUAAUCAUGUGAUUAUACUUCAAUUCCUGAAGAUUGCCAAAAAUAAGAAUAUUGCGUGUGGAAGGAGGGAAAAUGCAUAACUAAAUAAUAAGAAAUCAACAUAACAGACAUCGAACACCCAGUUCUUGGUGAGGAUUCUAUAAAAGUAACUCUAUUUGGCUUGAUUGUUUUUUAUUUUUGA